AAUAAAUACCACGUAUGUUUUAAAAAGUCAAUAUAUGAGAUUUACAUAAGACAACAGUAUUUUUUUUUUUCAUUUCAUCAAGUGAUAGACUAGAUUAUAAUAAUAUGAUGUUCCAACUGUUUUUAUAUUAGAAAAAUUGUUAGGGUAUAGUAUCUAGUUGAAUAAUUUCACAGUAAUACAGCUUUUAAAUACUUUCAAUUUAAGUUUUAACACAUUAUUUUCGGCUAUAGUUCUCACACAAAUGUAACUGAUACUUACUCUAGCACAAAUUUUUUUUAUUUUUCAACAAUAAUUUAUUUGUUGCUAAUCAUGUUUUUACGAAAAAUUGUGUUUUUUCUUAUUGCAAAGUUAGUCUUUGUUCAAGCAACAUAUUCAGACGGCCAAGGAGAUCAUCAAGAUUUGGAUUUGAAGUUCGAACCUAAUAUGACGAGUGAAGAUUUGUUGAAUUAUUGUUAUAGUCACAGCACAUUUUGUAAAAUAAAACAUAUCUUAAGGCAGACUUUACGAUACAAUUAUUCCCAAAAUUCGGAAGAUACGGUAAGGGUGUUACAAUGGAACAUUUUGUCGCAAGUUUUAGGUCUAAGAGAAUUUGGUAAUGCUAGUAGUUGUCCUACUGAAGCAUUGCUAUGGGUGAACCGACGAUGUCAAAUACUCUAUGAGAUCCUGGCAUUUAAAUCCGAUGUUAUGUGCUUUCAAGAAGUUGAUCAUUUUGAUUUCCUUAGUAGAGCCUUAGCCACUCAGUCAUAUAGUGGUGUAUUUGUACCCACGACAUGUUCACCUUGUGUUAAACGAGAUGGAAAUAAUGGACCAGAUGGGUGUGCAAUACUUUACAGCAAUCAUAAGUAUGAGCUCUUAGGAAAACAUGAGUUGGUCUAUAUUCAUUCGGCAAAAGAUUCGAUUAGUCGACAGGUGGCAUUGCUAGUUGUACUAAGAAAUAAAAGUUCGUUGAACAAGUUAUGUGUGGCCACCACUCAUCUCAAACCCCUGAGAGGUGAAUAUAAUGAAUUUUUAAGAAACCAACAAGGCGAAGAGCUUUUGAAAUUUGUAACCGAACAUGCCAGUGACUGUCCGACUGUUAUAAGCGGUGAUUUCAAUGCUGAACCUACUGAACCCGUUUAUAGAACUAUGAUCAGUGACCCACAGUUAAACUUAAACAGCGCAUACAAUGCAUCCAAUAAAGAAGCAAAAUUUACAGUAUGGAAAGUUAAAAAAGGACGCCAAGUAAAAAGAACUCUUGAUUACAUAUUUUACACUACAAAAUACCUAACUGUUAGUAGCAUAGUUAACAUGCCACGUGAAAAAUCAAUUAGCAAAAAUGGGAUUCCCUCGUUUAUCUAUCCUUCCGAUCACUUCUCUUUGAUUACUGAUUUCUUCUUUAACAAAACAUAA